AAUGCGUUUCGUAUUCGCUUUGGUCUUUGGCGUGCUCGGGUGCCUCCUCCUGGCCCAGGAGGGCUAUGGUGCUAGCAGCACCACGACUACCGAGGCGGCCACGACAACCACUGCGGCCUCCUCCUCUGACACCACCACCGCAGCCUCCUCCUCUUCGGACACCACCACCGCAGCCUCCUCGUCCUCCUCGGACAGCACCACCGCUAGCUCCUCUUCAUCCUCAUCUGCGGCGGCCAGGCGCCGUGCCCGUCGCCGUCGUCUGCGUCGCGAGCGUCGUCGCCGGCAGGAGCGGCGGCAACGCCAGGAGCGCAGGAGGCGCAGGAUGGAGCAGUUGCUCCAGAGGCAGCGUCGUCUGAUCCGUCAGCUCCAGGGAUGA